ACUGAAUCCAGCUGUGAACCUUCUGGAGCGCAUCCAGAAAGUGCAUCAUGGAUCUUGCGCGACAUGCACAUCUUCCAUGCAAGUUUGUUACACCUUCUACAAGCUGGGAGGAAGACUGCUAAAAGCCGCUUUGAAGAACGUAUCUGUUGAGCUGCUGAAAGAGACGAUACAGCGAACACAGUGUCUCCCGGCGUGUGGAGUCAGCUGCAGGUUGGUCUCAACAUCACAGCAUUGCCUAAAUCAAGUCCGAGAAAACCAUCCAAUCGGCGGGUCCUCUAUCUUAGCUGGUAGUAUAAAAGCGCUGUGAGAAAUUGUCACUAGUCACUUGCAGAUUUCCUUGCAGAACAACAGAUACACAAUCAGCUUUGUGAUUGAGCAGCUCAACGUCACAAAAGGCCUUGCUUCUUGUCAGUCUGCUUUUGCUGUCAACGGCAAGCCUGCCAGCUGCCAGCUUCUUGACCGUCACUGCGAAUCAGAGUCGCCUACUUUUCCUUUACUCGCUUAAUCUUUGCCCUUUUUCAAGCUAGCUCUCUGCCAGCAGGAGGUUUGUUCGACCAGCUCUUCCUUCUUCCAAAGUUUCUCGACAGACCACCCCAAAAUGGGUGUGGAAGUUCACCAAGCAAAUGGGGCGCACGCUGACGAGUCCCCCGCCAGCCCUCAUGUGGAGACAAAGAUCCGGUACCUGGUGCCUCAGAGCCACCAGCUCGUUGAGUACACAUACCAACCUGAAAACGGGGACCCGCAGACAAACGGCAAGUAUGAGCUGAAGACAGUCAAGAUUGGAGACCUGAAGGCGCUGGCGGCGUCAGAGGGCUUAUCGGUGGAUAAGCAGGGCUUUACAAUCCUCGAAAACAGGACCCAGGUGAAGGACUGGGACAAUGUGGAAGAGAUUCAAAAGGUGUACUAUCCAGAGGCUAUAGAGCUCGUGAAAGCGGCCACAGGGGCAUCCAGAGUGUUCAUCUUUGACCAUACAAUUCGGAAGCAACCAGAGCAGAAGGUCCCGGACGGCGAAGCCGGGAACGUGAACCGGGAUAAGGUAGGCAAGCGGGAGCCAGUGAGGAAGGCCCACGUGGACUACACGGUGACUUCCGGACCCCAAAAGAUCCAGCAACUCAUGGGCGACGAGGCGGAGAAACUGCUGAAAGGGCGCUUCGCCGAGGUCAACGUAUGGCAGCCGCUGCGGGGCCCGGUCCAGGACACACCCCUUGCUGUUGCGGACGCCCGGAGUAUUCCGAAAGAGGACUUGGUCCCGACCAAGAUUGCCUUCCCAGGACGGUGGGGGGAGGUUUACAGCCUGACUCACAAUCCCGCGCACCGGUGGUACUACAUCCCAGAGCAGCGCGCGGAGGAGGCCCUGCUGUUCAAGUCGUACGACUCCGUCGAAGACGGGUCGGUAGCGCGGUUCACCGGCCACAGUGCUUUCGACCACCCGCACGCCCCUGCAGAUGCGCUGCCGCGGCAAAGCAUUGAGACGAGGACCUUGGUCUUCUGGGAGUAGACUUUUCUAGUGACGGCUUAGUUUUUCUUGGCAAGCCUGCAGAGGACAUUCAUAUGCGCACGCUUGAGUUGUGCAUGCACCUUGUGUACAUAAAAGUUCGGACUAUCAUGGGGCAUUCUAGCGCCCCUGUUACCAGCUCUCUUUGGUAACUAUCAAAGUCCUGACAAAGUAUUUCCGACUUAGUCAAAAUCUACAUAUGCAAAUUGUGUUUUGAAGAACGUUGACACUCAACGUCGAGUCCGACUCGACAAUCUUGUGAUGUCAGAGCUGUUGGCUUGAAAGCUUACUGGUAAUUCGCAAACCGUUUUCUUCUGCGCCGACGCGGCAGCGGCGUUCAUAGAGUCCAAGGCGGAUCCGACGGACAUGACGGUUUUUGGUUGAAGUCAGCGGC